CCAUUCUCGAAUGGUCCGCGUCUUAUUAUAGCCGCUAAUGUUAUUCAGACAGCAAGCAUUUACAGACGCGUCAAUUAUCACUCGGCUACCUCUUGAGGCAUAUCUUUUCAUAAUCUCAGAGAACAAUCUUCGUUAGUUCAAAGCACAAUGGCUGAAACACAGUCUAGUAAUUAUGAUGUUCUACGAAAUGAAAAGUAUGGACGUUAUUUAGUUGCGAAUAAGGAUUUGGAUAGUGGAGAAUUAAUUUUCACGGAUAUGCCUUUUGCUGUUGGACCCAAACCAGGCAAUCCACCUCUGUGUCUUGGGUGUUAUGCUCCUAUUGACAACAGCUUGUGUUCGCGGUGUGGUUGGCCUAUAUGUAGUCCGGAAUGUGAAACAGCGGCAUCUCAUUUGAACGAGUGCGAAGUGUUUUCCGCUGCAAAUGUACGAUUCCAAUCCGUAGAAGACUGGACCGCGAGCUCUCCCCAACUGGACUGCAUCACACCACUCAGGGUACUUCUAGCAAAAGAAAAGGAUCCAGAAAAAUGGCAGCAAGGGCUUGAACUGAUGGAAACGCAUACGGAAGCUAGGCAGCAGAAGCCUUCGUGGGCUGUGGACCAAGUCAACAUAGCAGAUUUCCUUGUUGAUCAUUGCAAACUUGGCAAUAAAUUUGACAAAGAAUUGGUACAACGAGUCUGCGGUAUUUUAGAGAUAAAUUCCGUGGAAAUACCAUCGCGAGGCGGAUUUAGCAUCAGAGCCGUAUACCCACGGCUGGCAAUCGCUGCUCACAGUUGUGUACCGAACAUCGUCCACACUAUACUUUACAAUGACUACCAGGUACAAGUAAGAGCUGCAGUGCCAAUCAAAUCGGGAGAAACUCUUCACCUAUGCUACACGCACGCGCUGUCCCCAACACCCAUCCGCAGAGAGUACCUACUAGAGUCUAAAUUUUUCAACUGUGAGUGUGCGCGCUGUGCUGAUCCCACCGAACUGGGCACACACCUUAGUACGCUGAAGUGCAAUAAGUGUGAUAAUGGUGUUAUACUGUCCACUAAUCCUCUAGAUAACGAUGCCCCGUGGAAGUGCACGGAGAAAAAUUGUGAGUUCAAAACAUCCGGAGCAGCGGUACGUAAGAUGUUGGCCGUAGUGCAGGCGGAGGCCGAUCAGCUAGAUGUGUUGGAACCCAAUGCGCAGGCCAUCGAGCAACGGGAGGCCUUCAUCAACAAGUACAAAUCUGUAUUCCACCCGCGGCAUUCGUUACUGUUGUCCAUCAAGCAGGCGCUAGGACAAUUGUACGGCCGAGUGGAGGGCUAUAAUAUCGACGAGUUGCCAGAUCUAAUGCUAGAACGAAAGGCAGAAUUCUGCCGGCUCGUAUUGAAGACACUUGAUGUCAUCAUGCCAGGAGAAAGUAGAAUGAGAGGUAUGGUACUUUACGAGCUCCAUGCUCCAAUAAUGUUCAUGGCAAGAAACGAAUUCAGUGCAGGUGUUAUAACACAAGAAAAAUUAAAAGACAGAUUGCAAGAACCCAUAAAGUGUCUGGCUGAUGCGGCCAGAAUCCUAAUGCGUGAGGAUCCACAAAGUCCAGAAGGAAUCACAGGACAGAUAGCCUAUCAGUCUAUGGAGCAACUAAAAGCUAGCUUAGAUAGUUUGUAAUUAACAUGUACCAAUCUCUUUUCAAUAAUGUCCCUUACAUUAAAGUUAAAAGAUGUAAAAGUAUUAUAUAGUAAUUAUAGAAACUUAUUAACGACGUCGUUAAAUUAGACAUUUUACAAGUCAAUAAUAAUUUUAACUUUACACCAUACCAUAUAUACUCCCUAACAAAACUAUAUUCAUUUCAGUUUUUUUUUUUUUUUUUUAUUCUUGUAAACCCAUCUUAUUCUGGCUCAAACGAGCAUUAGAUAAGAUCUAAUAUAAUGCAAUAAGACAUCAUUGUUUCUGUUAGGAGUAUGAGUUGUAGAUAUACGACCUAAUUAUCUGUGUCUAUCGAUGACAAUGUUCGUUGCUAAGCAUCUUGUUGAUUGUAACAUUUUAUUCUGCUUAUUAUACGUAUUAUAAUAUUUAAUAUCGCUUUCCGUUCUCCACU